CGAGAAGUUUUAGGACUUGGAAUACAUCAGUGACAAGGUCUUAUCCGUGCAUCUCUAUUUGCAAGGAUUCCCAUAUUGCAACUAGAUUGACAUGGCAGUAUAAAGCCUGCAUAGGUCUACUUCAGUUAUCAACACAACAACGGUCGCGAUAGGCUGAUAUUGCAUUAGGACUUCAACAUGACAGCUCGGAGAAGUAAAAAAAAAAAAAAGAAAGAACGGGAGAUAGCCUGGGACCACACAAAACAUAGAGGAAUCGAGCAGGCAUUGCCCUCUAUGACGGUCAGGAGUGCUGCUGCCAUUUCUACCGGUGCUCGUCCUUUGCCACUAACCUGUACACAGAUUCCACAUUCUCUCGUCUCGGUUAGGUGGGAAGUUCAACUUUUUCUGGGAGCUGGCGUUAACUCUGUAUACACUCCACUGUCGUAAAACGAGGAGACACAUCACAAAGAUCUCAAACUGGAGGGGAUGGAACCACACGCAAGACAGUCACCGGCAAAGCAAUCAUGGUAACAUUUACCGCAACGCUACACCCUUCAAACAUAACGUAUUUAAUACCGCCUCGGAUCGCUACACACACUUUGGGCAAGCUAUGAAACAGCGCCGGACAUCAACGCCUGUCACAUUCUGUCCUCUGAGAUAAAGGACAACGAUGCCACCAUGUCCUCCGAGGCUACAGGACAACUUUUGAACCGUGAACUCACGAUGACUUCCUCGCAGCCGUUGUGAUUUUUUUGGGAGGGGGUUGGGGGGGACUUUGUGUGUAGUUCAAAGGUGGAUUUUAGACUUCAGCUCACGUUUCAUGAAACGUUUCCUCCAUGUUUAGAACACGUAAAAGCUAAAAGAAAGGCACUGCUUAACCAUUUUUAUUUCUAUCGAGCGGAGCGUGUAAAUUGGCUCUUAUGGGAAUGAAGCACUCCUCCCGCUGCAUGCUCCUCCGGAGGAAGAUGGCGGAGUCGGACAGCAAUGAGCAACCACAGCCUCCGCCGCAGCAGCCAAUCCGCAUCAUCCAGUCCCGGUCGACCCAGCCAAGCCCUCUUCCCAGGCCGGUGCCCUCCGUCCAGCCGGGGGCACGGCCGUCCCACUCCACACACAGCCCCCAUGGGGCCAGCCUGCCAAGCUCUCCUGGUAGGGGGAAGAUGGCCAAGCUCCUCAACCCAGAAGAGAUGACCUCAAGAGACUAUUACUUUGACUCCUACGCCCACUUUGGCAUCCAUGAGGAAAUGCUGAAGGACGAGGUCCGGACCCUGGCCUACAGGAACUCCAUGUACCACAACAAGCAUGCCUUCAAGGACAAGGUGGUGCUGGAUGUGGGCAGCGGGACGGGGAUCCUCUCCAUGUUCGCGGCCAAGGCCGGAGCCAAGCACGUGUACGGGAUUGAGUGUUCCAGCAUAUCAGAGUAUUCUGAGAGGAUCAUCAAGUCCAACCACCUGGACAGCGUGAUCACCAUCUUCCGAGGCAAGGUGGAGGAGGUGGAGUUACCCGUUGAGAAGGUGGACAUCAUCAUCUCAGAGUGGAUGGGCUACUGCCUCUUCUACGAGUCUAUGCUCAACACCGUCAUCUUCGCCAGGGACAAGUGGCUGAAACCAGGAGGAUUAAUGUUCCCUGACCGGGCUGCACUCUAUGUGGUAGCCAUAGAGGACAGGCAGUAUAAAGACUUCAAAAUACACUGGUGGGAGAACGUGUACGGGUUCGACAUGACGUGCAUACGCAACGUGGCCAUGAGGGAGCCUCUGGUGGACAUCGUGGACAGCAAACAGGUGGUGACCAACUCCUGCCUGGUCAAGGAGGUGGACAUCUACACGGUGAAGGCCGAGGACCUGUCCUUCACCUCGGCCUUCUGCCUGCAGAUCCAGAGGAACGACUACGUCCACGCCCUGGUCACCUACUUCAACAUAGAGUUCACCAAGUGUCACAAGAAGACCGGCUUCUCAACCGCUCCAGACGCUCCGUACACCCACUGGAAACAGACGGUGUUCUACCUGGAGGAUUACCUGACCGUCAGGAGGGGGGAGGAGAUCACCGGCAGCAUCGCUCUGCAGCCCAACGAGAAGAAUAAUCGUGACUUGGACUUCACCUUUGAGCUGGAUUUUAAAGGCCAGCUGUGUGAGGCAGCCAUAUCCCACGACUACAAGAUGCGCUAGGAUGGGCGUACGGGAGGAUGUUGUCAGGUGUCAGCCCCAAACAACACACCAAGGGAGAAGAGGGGCGCGCCUGCCCCUUCGGACCAGAAGCACAAAAGGGAUACGGUCAAAACUAAGGAAGGUGCUAGGAGAUUAGUCCAGGUCAAAAAUAUAAUAAAUGCUUCAGCGAAGGCAUGGCAUGUCAGCAGCCAUGUCACCUUGUAGGGAAUAAGUGUGGGGUUCUUCAAACUGACUGUUACUUGAGACAACUCUGAAUGUUAACACCUCUUGAAUCUUUGAAUGUUUUCCAUUCUCGUUGCAUUACAAUACAUGUUGAUGGUUGUUGAUGUGUAAGAUGUGAGUGAUGUAGCCGCUAGUUGACCGUCUGUUUUGACUGUCCAUUUAAACAUAACAUUCAACAUCCUGAAGUGUUGAUACAUUCGUGAAGCGCUUUGUUAGAGAAACCCUUCAAUUUAAAUCCAUUUGCUUGAAAUACGGGGAAAUUGCAGCACUUCACCACGUGAGUGAAUGGUAUAUGUGUGUGUGUGUGUGUGUGUGUGUGUGUGUGUGUUGUGUGUGUGUGUGUGUGUGUGUGUGUGUGUGUGUGUGUGUGUGUGGUACAUGUAACAGUUGACGUGUCUCUGCCGUGAGUCCUUGUUUCAGUGCUGUGUGCUUUAUGAUAAGAUGGGAGCUCACUGCUGUGACAGCACUCCGAACACGGUGUUCUACUCACUCUGCAAUCGAUUCUGAUAGCGUACAUAUUUUAAAUGCCUUGACUUUUUUUCCGGACGUUUUGUUUCCAGUCCUAUAGACGGACCUUUGAACUAUUGGUAUCAUUUAUCUGGUAUCACUAUAUUGCACAAUACUGCGGGUCAGCCAAGGGUUUGGCCAGAAUUUUGCACUGUUCUCAAAUGCAUCCAACGGGUCCUUUCUGAGAGGAUUUAACAGCCAGCAAUGGGUGUCUAUUUUGCUUACAUAUCUAAUUAGUUGCAUUCAUAAUUGAGUCAGGAUUGGAGUGUUUUGGCUGGUUAACUUAAAAAAAAUGUAUACGUGUGGAGACAUGUUCCAAUGGGGUCUCAUGAGUGUUGAUCCUUGAUCUUCAAAGAUGGUGAUGUUGUUUGCCUGCUCUCAGAAAGGUCUUUAACAAGGUGGUGCUUGGAACGCUACCUCCUCCAGUAAAUCACCUAGACAUCGAUCCAGUUCACCAAUAAAGACCUCUGGGACAGAUCUGCCCAUUGUCCCGCUCAACACUUUAUUUAGACCAAAUGUCAGGGUUAUGUGCCUCACAACAUGUCGGGAACACCCUGCGCUGAUUAGAAGUACAAGUCUGAAUCGUGAGCCAUUCAAGCAUUAAGCAGACAAAACAAGUUCCCCUAAUGAUGCGAAAUGCUGGUGAAUCUCGAUGGCCACAUAGUCAGAAGGCUAUAAGAAUGUAAUGGGGAAUUUAAACAUUAGGAUAAUUGGUUGAAUGAGCCGUUCAAAAUUCCACAAUUAACAUGAAUAAACAAUGAUUCCACAU